CAGGCCAGCGGAAGUGAAAGUAACAAGUUUCCGGUGGAGCUUCACUCUAUGGUCUACAGUUAGACUUUCGUUAUUGUUUACUAUGAAAUAAAACAUAUCUGCACGGUUCGUGUGGUGAAAUUAACCGACGUUCGGGUCGUUAUAUAGAAUAUUUGGUCCAAAUCUCGUCAAAAUGCAUCGCAGAGGUGUUGGUGCUGGGGCGAUAGCUAAAAAGAAGCUAGCAGAGGCCAAAUACAAAGAAAGAGGAACUGUACUUGCAGAGGACCAGAUAGUUCAGAUGUCAAAACAGUUGGAAACGUUCAAAUCCAACCUGGAGGAGUUUGCCAGCAAGCACAAACAAGAGAUCCGUAAGAGCUCCCAGUUCAGGGUCCAGUUUCAGGAGAUGUGUGCCACCAUUGGCGUUGACCCGCUAGCUUCUGGUAAAGGCUUUUGGUCUGAGAUGCUCGGUGUGGGAGAUUUCUACUACGAGCUUGGCGUACAGAUCAUCGAAGUGUGUCUCGCCCUGAAACACAGAAACGGAGGACUCAUUACUCUGGACGAGCUCCACCAGAGGGUGCUGAAGGGUCGGGGUAAAUAUGCUCAGGACGUGAGCCAAGACGACUUGGUCAGAGCCAUAAAGAAACUGAAGGUGAUGGGAAACGGUUUUGGGAUGAUUCCCGUUGGCGGCUCUUACCUGGUCCAGUCAGUCCCAGCAGAACUGAACAUGGAUCACACUGUCGUUUUACAGCUUGCAGAGAAAAAAGGAUACGUCACUGUAAGCGAGAUCAAAGGCAGCCUGAAAUGGGAGAAGGAACGGGCGAGUCACGUGCUGGAUCAUCUGCUGAAAGAAGGCUUGGCCUGGCUGGACUCUCAAGCAGCCGGGGAGGCUCAGUACUGGCUGCCAGCGCUCUUCUCCGAGCUGACCUCUCGUGAUGUCACGCCCGAGGAGGCCAAUCAGAUGACGCCUUAAGGAGAUUUGUGGGUGGAUUGUUAUAUUGUGACUGGUGGAGGUGUUCACUGGUUCACUGAUGUGCUGCCAGAAAGGGCGGGUUCUCCGCCUGGAGCUAACGGACAGACAGACGGACGUCACGUCAAGCAUCGGACUCGAAAAGGCGACAGUUUUUCCCUUUCAUGGAUACAGAAGUAUUCACACACCUUGAACCUUCUCAUAUUUGUGACAUUACAGUCGGUGUAUUUUAUAGGAACUCUACAUGAAGGGGAAGAAAGAUUGCACAUGCUUUUUUUUUUUUUUUUUUUUUACAAAUAAAAAUCUAAAAAAUGUGCCGUGUUUAGUAUUUAGCCCCCCUGGCUCGACACUAAGAGCUGUAAUUACACCUGCAGCUCUGAGGAGAAUGAGAUUUUUGCCAGUUUUCUUGCCUCAGGCUUUGUCGGAUGGGACGGAGGGCAUCUCUGAAAAACAAUUUCAAAAUCCUAGUUUCAGCAUUCUCAAUUGGAUUGAUUUCUGGACUUUAACUGGGCCGUUCUAGUACAUGAAUACGCUUCCAUCUGAACCAGGAAAGAGCCAUUGUUGUAAUGCAAGACUUGCCUACAGCUGCAAAACCUACAUCUGUCUUUAAUGCGUUAAUGAAACAUGAAGAAAUAAUUAAAUUUAAAUAAAUAAUGCACACCAUCUCCAGUAAAAUGACUUGUAUGACUGUGGUCAUUUACUUAGCUCCAUCCUUUUUCCCCCAUUAACCUGCUCUCUCCCCAUAGCAUGAUGCUGCCACCACCACGUUUCACUUUCUGGGUGUUCAGAAAGCUUUGACAUGAUGUGGAAAAGUUCAAGGGAAGAAGUGUGAUUACUUUUUCGUCACGUGAUUGAAUGGGAAAUUCAGCGUAAUCUUGGUGGAGGGUUGUUUUUUUUUAUGACUGGAGAAUUUCUCUGUGUGCUAAACAUGUAAAUGUUAAAAAUUUCUUGCAUAAAAAAAAUCUUUUAAAGAAAAAAGCUUUACACCAGAUUUGUUGUACGAGCUUUUAUUAUGCAGCAAAACCAGCAGAAAGUAUUUCCAGUGAUGCACACUUCUCGUCGGUUACGCUCAUUCUCACCCAGGAUACGCUUGAAAUUAAUCAGAUAAUAUUAAAUGCGCUCUGAUCUCAGUAUGGCAGACCAGGAUUUAUGUUACAAUGUGAAAGGUGCAAAGCUUUGGUGAAUAUAAUAACCUUUAAAUGCUGUUUAAACCCUAAUCGUUUGCUGUAACUGCCCCGCUCCCAAAGAGUCCCACAGGUUAUUCAGCGUGAAACCUUUUAAGGCUUUUU